GAGGGAGGGAGAGAGAGAGGAGAGAGAGACUGUUGAAGCACAAGCUGUGGGAUCCUCCUCACUCCAUGCUUCGGGGGGCUUCAUAAUAAUAUCACUGCGUCCUAAUACUGAAAGCAUUUCAUGAAACAUGAAGGCUAAACGGAAGACCCAUGUGCUGUUUCUCACUCCGAGCCUCUACUUUCUGUUAAGAGCAUCAGACACCAAGUGAAACCAAGAGAGAGCAGCACACCACGCAAGCGCGCAAAAGGAGAGAUUUGGACACCUGAUUUUUUUUGUGUUGGUGUUUCCAGAGCGGCUAUUUCACGCUUCAAGUCAAACAAUCCGUGUGUUUGUUUGUUUUUUUCUUUUCUUUUUCUUUUAUUUCCCCUCCUUUUCCCCCCCUCUUUUUUUAUUUUCCAAGGCCUUCUUCGUCGCGCAGUGAGGCAAAUGCCGUGGAUUAUUAUCAGCAUGGACAAAUGGGGGGAAGAGGACAGAUCACUGCGUUGACUUUUGAAGCAACGCGCAGAGUCUUGACGCUACAGCGUUACGCAUUUAUUUUACUGUGAGUGUUUUUUUCUCUCUCCCCCCCCCUCUCCAUCUCUCCCUCUCUCUCUCCCUCUCUCUCUCCCUCUCUCGUCCUCCUCCUGUUUGAAUUAUACUCGCCGCCGCAUCUCAACAUUAUUAAAGUCAAAUAUCUGUGGAUAAGAAACAGAGCAGGGUGUUGUCAGAGAGAAGAGAGAGGAAAAAAAGGGGGGAUGAGAGGAGGAGGAGGGGGGGCAGUAUGAGGUGUGCUUUUUUUGGAAAAGCCGGAGAAAGACAGACACCGAGAAGGUGUACUGAUGUGCGAGAGCCUGCGACGCGUUGCCCUCAUGAGAAAUAAUUGCGAUCAGGGAAGAAAUGGCCUAGUUAAAAACCAUCAUCGACACACCGGCAGAGGAUAGAAAAGAAGAAUCGUGUUUAGAUGGACGGGCCAUCAUCAUCAUCGUCAUCAUCAUAAUUCCGGUGCUCGCAUCGAGUCUCUUUUUUUAGGUGUAAUUGGCUCCCUGACUGCAGCUCUGGACCCAUCAGGAGUUCCAAAGAGGACGACGGAUGAGACCGCAGAGUCUUACCUGAGAAUGCUACCUGUCCCUCUGCCUCACCAUGUCACCCUAGGAAAACUGUUAACCUGUCCCUGUCCUCAAAUCCUAUUUUUGCCUAUGUUGUCACCCAUAACCCAGUGAGUUUGUGAUCCCUCUCUGCACCCAGCCAGAAGUCCUAUUAAUAUGACUAAAAGAGCUUUUAUUUUGGACAUGUUGUUUUUUCCUCUCAAUGCUGCCAGCCACCAAGGCUAUGGUGGAAAGCGUCAUUAUACUUCUCAGCAGGUUGCAAAUCACUGUCUGCUGUGGCUCCUGGGACUAGUGCUACACCUCACCCUUUCCUCAUGUCAACGGGUUGACCUGAAACACCCCAUAGUAUCCACAGGCUAUGGAAAGAUACGUGGUAUUAGGCGGGAGCUCAACAAUGAGAUAUUGGGCCCUGUGGAACAGUACUUAGGCGUGCCAUAUGCUACCGCACCUAUCGGCGAGCGCCGUUUCCAGCCUCCCGAAGCUCCAGGCUCCUGGCAAGACACCCGCAAUGCCACCCAGUUUGCGCCAGUGUGUCCCCAGAAUGUGCACGGGGUUUUACCCGAGAUCAUGUUACCGGUGUGGUUCACGGACAACCUGGAUGCUGCAGCGACCUAUGUUCAGAACCAGAGUGAGGACUGCCUUUACCUCAACAUCUAUGUACCCACUGAAGAUGGUCCGCUCACGAAAAAACAAGACGAGUCUACAAUGAACAGACCGAGGGAUGAAGAUAUUCGGGACCGUCGCAAGAAGCCGGUGAUGCUGUUCAUCCACGGAGGCUCCUACAUGGAGGGCUCAGGGAACAUGUUUGAUGGCAGUGUCCUUGCCGCCUAUGGAAAUGUCAUUGUGGUCACCAUGAACUAUCGACUCGGCGUGCUCGGGUUUCUGAGCACAGGGGACCAGUCUGCUAAGGGGAACUAUGGCUUGUUGGACCAGCUCCAGGCCCUGCGCUGGCUCAAUGAAAACAUUGGCCACUUUGGAGGAGACCCAGAGAGAAUCACCAUCUUUGGCUCGGGAGCUGGUGCCGCCUGUGUGAACCUUCUCAUCCUCUCCCACCACUCGGAGGGCUUGUUCCAGAGGGCCAUCGCUCAGAGUGGCUCAGCUAUCUCCAGCUGGGCAGUGAACUACCGGCCUGUGAUGUACACCAAGAUCCUGGCCAGGAAGGUUGGCUGCACUCUGGGGGACAUGGCUGGGUUAGUGGAGUGCCUGAGGAGGAAGAGUUUCCGGGAACUAGUGGACCAAGACAUCCAGCCUGCGCGCUAUCACAUCGCCUUUGGACCUGUGGUAGACGGGGACGUGGUGCCCGAUGACCCCGAGAUCCUCAUGCAGCAGGGCGAGUUUCUGAACUACGACAUAUUGCUGGGUGUCAACCAGGGAGAGGGCCUUAAAUUUGUGGAUGACAGUGAAGGAGAAGAUGGAAUAUCGGCGGCCUCGUUCGACUACACCAUCUCAAACUUUGUGGACAAUCUGUAUGGCUACCCUGACGGUAAAGAUAUCCUGAGGGAAACCAUAAAGUUCAUGUACACAGACUGGGCCGACAGAGACAACAGUGACAUGCGUAGGAAGACCCUCCUGGCUCUAUUCACGGACCAUCAGUGGGUGGCCCCGGCCGUCGCCACUGCCAAGCUGCACGCCGAGUUCCAGUCGCCCGUCUUUUUCUAUACGUUCCACCACCACUGUCAAACCGAGGCGAGGCCAGACUGGGCGGACGCAGCCCACGGAGACGAGAUCCCCUAUGUGUUUGGGAUCCCCAUGGUGGGAGCAACUGACCUGUUUCCCUGUAACUUCUCCAAGAACGACGUGAUGCUCAGCGCUGUAGUCAUGACGUACUGGACCAACUUUGCAAAGACGGGGGAUCCUAACCUACCAGUUCCUCAGGACACCACCUUCAUCCACACCAAGCCCAACCGCUUUGAGGAGGUCAUCUGGACCAAGUUCAGCUCCAAAGACAAACAGUACUUGCAUAUCGGCCUGAAGCCUCGUGUCAGAGACAACUACCGGGCUAACAAGGUGGCCUUCUGGCUGGAGCUGGUGCCACAUCUCCACAGCCUCCACAAGGAAAUCACAAGCUCCAUCACAACUCGCCUGCCACCCGGUGGCCCCAUUCGCUGGAAGAUCCCUGGCACCGGUUCCACACCCCACCCUGUAGUGUCCACCUAUCCACCUGAUCCUGAACCUGAUGGUUCAGAGAGACCCCGCUACUCUCCCUUCCCCAGUGAAACUAGGGACUACUCCACCGAGCUGAGUGUAACAGUAGCCGUGGGCGCCUCACUUCUUUUCCUGAAUGUGCUGGCCUUCGCCGCGCUUUACUACAAACGGGAUAAGCGCCAUGAACUCAUGCAGAGACGCCACCGCCGGCUGUCCCCGCAACGUGGCACGACGAUGGGCAUGGGCGUUGGCAUGGGAGUAGUGGGGGCCCCACCGCACAAUGAUCUGGCGCUGAGUCAAGAGGAGGAGCUAAUGUCGCUGCAGAUGAAGCAGCAGAGAGUGGAGCUGGAGCACGGCACACCCCUCCCUUCCCGCGGCGUCCACGGUGACCUGGAACCCCUUCGGCCUCCCGUGUGCCCACCUGAUUACACGCUGGCCCUGCGGCGGGCACCGGAGGAUGUGCCACUGAUGACAGCCAAUACCAUCACCAUGAUCCCCAGCACCAUCAGCAGCAUGCAGCCACUCCACCCCUUCAACACGUAUCCCCCUGUCCCAGCCCCCUCCACUACACCCGUCCCCAGCCACAGCAACAAUGCCCUGCCACACCAACACUCCACCACUCGUGUAUAGGACCAGGCACAACCCCACUCUGGGCGCACCACACAAACUGCUCCAUACAAUCUCCACUCUCACCGUCCCUCUAUUCUUCUUUACUAUAUCUUUGUCUUUUCUCAUUAAGCCCUCGAAUAAAGCUGCAGUUUGUAAGAUUUUAAGCAGUGAAAUACCUCUAAAAUGUAAUCACAAAUCAAAGAGGAGUUGAUUAAAAAGGCUCCUUUGCCAAAAGCCUCUCAUCAUAGGUACACACUGCUUUGCCCCGUUUACUCUCUCGCGACGACGCAGCUUUAAGCUUGUAGCUCUCCCCACAAAGAGGCAUCCGAGCUAAUCACAAUCAGUCAUCAGGCAUCUUACGUGUAGCUUGGUUGUUUUUUGCGCAUGUGUUGUUGUGUCAGUGUAAAAAAAAAAAAAAAAACUCUGUUU